AGCCGGACCCAAGAUACGUGGAAACGAAUUGUCAGGAGGAUGACAGCGACGAAUUAUUUAGAUUUGGAUAUUAACAAGUUGUUCAAGGAGCACACGAUAAAAGAGAUCGAGGCGAUCCAAAAGAAGAUCCAAUAUGAGAGUGACAGAAAGAAAAUCGAACUUAGAACUUUAGUUGGGGAAAGGUACCGUGAUUUGAUACUGGCUGCAGACACUAUUGGAAAAAUGAAGAUAACUUCUGAACGUGUCAUUCAAAGAAUCUUUAACAUUGAAUACAAAUUUGGAGAAUUAAAAAACAAGUAUCUUAUUGGUUUUAAGAUAGAUCCAAUUCAGAAUGAAGACAAUAGUAAAAAUGUUGAAGAUCUUCAGGAUUCAAUUAUCAUUCAAAUAAAAAUUUUAAUGGAUGUACCUCAACAUAUUUGGUCCAGUAUUGAAAAUAAGGAUUUAUUAUUUGCUACACAGUUGUAUCUAAUAGCUUUAAACAUAAAUUAUAGUUUACUAUUUGAAGUUGGUGCUGCAGACUUAUCAAUUAAGUAUCCAAUUAUAUUCAAACAAUGGGAUGUUAUUAGUCAAUUCAAAACUAUUAUAUUCAAUGAAUGUAAUACUGUGUUACAAUCAUUGGAUGUACAACCAGAGAGUGUAGCAAACUGUCUAGCAGCAUUUGUCUUGCUGGAUGGAACUUCAUUCCCAGAUUUAUUGGAAAAGUUGAUAUCAAUGCGUAAUCAUACAAUUAAAUCCAUCAUUACAGAUGAAAAUGAUUACAAUGUUAAAAGUAAAAUAAAAUCGUGCAUUGAGAUAUUAAUUCAAACAAUCAAUUUAAUUUAUUCUUGCUUCAUAAAUACCGAGAAUAAAUCAGGAGGUCUUGUUUCACAGUAUUUAACAAAAAUUCAAGAUCAAGGAGCAUAUAGCUUACUCUCUCAAUUGGAUUUGAAUCAAGAAUUAUUGAUGGAAUUUCUUCCUUCUGUGACUAAACAGCAUAAACCAUUUCUUGUAGAAGGUUCACAGAAUUUUGCUAUACCAGAUCUUCAAAAAAGUAUUAAAUCAUGGCUUGACUGGGUCUCCAAUUUUUGUAAUCACGAAGUUACUAAACUUUUGGAUCUAAUAAUAUCCAUAAAGGGCUUAUACUAUGUUCGUGAAGAAUCUGUUAGUAUUAAUCUACCCGAAAAUUGGAAUUCGAUAUGGGAGGAGCUUUCCCUCCCAAAAAUAACAUUUUGGGUAGAAUUUUUUCAACCUUUAAUAUCUCGUAGGGUAAAAAAUAUCAUAAAUGAUAAAUGGAUGGAAACUACGACCGCAUUAAAAUCCGACGUAGUUGAACUGUUGAGUAAAGUAAUUCACGACAAAUUCGAGUAUCCAGAGCAUGAUUUACGGUGGUUUGUUUGGAAAGAUUCUCCAAACGACAUUCCUCAGAAGCUCACCAAAAAUGGUGGCCUAGACAAUAAGAGGUCGUUGUUAAUGAAAACCAAAGGAUAUUCACCAAAUAUCAUCAAAUUAUGUGAAAGUUUUGAUAAAAGUUUGCACGCUCUACUAGCUGAUCUUGAACAAUAUUUGUAUGAGACAGAACGUGUGAUGUCUCUUAAGGAUAAUCUACUAUCUACAAAUAUAUCUUUAAUUUCUGAUACGUUUUCCGACCGUGCAGAAAUCCAAGAACAUUUACAAACCGUUAGCACUAGCAUGAUCGAAGAUUUCAUUAAUUUUGUGAAUACUACAUGCGUGAACGAUGAACCUGAGCAUGGUAAACGUGACAUAAACGCUGUCGUGAUGGCUAGAUUUCUUUUAGCGUUGACAACGCUCAGUUUAAAUUUGAAUAAGUGUUUCACACUUUCAAAGGUGUCUGGUUUGACCAUUACAAACACUAAAUGGCAAUCAGUUUGUGAUAAGUUAAAAGAAAAGAGUACCUCUGUGUGGUCAGUUUGGGCGAAGACGUACAGAACUAAAAUAGGCGAGCAUAAAGAUAAGUUUAUAUCAAAAGAAGCACUGGAUGGUUACCCAAUACAUCUGGUUAUCUCAGAAUGGGAGAAAGUAACAAUCGAGGAGGAUUCCGGAGAGGGCAAGAGGAUAAAUUCCAAAAUUCUAGUACCAUAUCAGCCGUCCAUACAAUUACAAAAGUUUUUAACCGCUGUUAAUAGGGACUUGAAUAAAGUAAUACCACACACACUUCCAAAGAAGGUACUGCAUGAAAUUAUAGAAGAUACUGUCACGGAAUUAUUAAAUCACUACAUAACAGCGUCCAACAAUGCAAAUCUGUCACAGAAACAAGCCUUCCAAGUAUUAUUCGAUAUAAAAUAUUCCUCUCUGCUUAUGAUACCGCGCGAGAGUAAAACUCUAUCUGACUUAUCGACUAGAGCUUGCGACAUUGUAUUAUCAAAAAUCGAUCCAUUCGAUUACGACGUUUUUAAUCCUUUCAUCCACAGCAACGUAAAGAAAAGCAUUCAGAGAUCUCUGUUGAUACUAGGAAACCUAGUACCCCAUUUAGAACAAUUACAUUCAAUUUUGGGCGCGCGAAGUGAACACAGCAACACUGAAGGCGUGAAGUCAGAUCCGCCUUCAGUGUUGGCUCUAUGCACAACGGCACCCUGGUUCCCACCUUUGACCGUAACAGCCCCAGCAAGAAAUUUACCUCUCGUAAGCGUAACUCUACAAGAAAAAACACAGCAUCAGCGCAAGAAAGUUACCACCAAGGAAACUACGAAAAGCGAUUCCGCUGGGGCCACGAUCAAAUCUGGAGCAGCAGCAUUUUUUGGGGCAAUGGGCUCUGAUUGGUUUAGUAGUAGCUAAUUUAUUUAUU